UGUCACCUGUUUUGCUGUACACUCGUCGACAGCGCUAUUUGAAAUGCAGCUUAUUCCGUGCACCACAAAAGCGAGUCACCCUUAAGGAAACAUUGCUGCUGUGAUGAUAAUGAAGCGAAAUCUGACGUAGUGACUAAUGAUCCCUACUGUGAAGGCUCCAUAAUCUGAGCACCUAUGUUUACGAAUGUCUUGCAACGUAACACUCUUGUUAUCUUUAUUUUCAGGCGAUGAUAUCUACAAAAGGCGUUCUUAAUCUCUUUCGGACUGUAUUUUACCCCGCGCACAGUCAGGUGAUAUUCAACAGCACAAUUAUACCAGAUCUUGUUGAAAAACAAAAGACUUUGAAAGAUGCAGCCGAGAGUUCUCCAGGACUAAAUAUUGUGGGACAUAACAUAGUAACAGAAGACUGUUUAACUUCAGUAGUAGAAAAUAAACAGUAUUACGAAACUCCCAUCCUUCACUUGUCUAUGCGAAAGAAUAAUUUAGUUGCAACAUUAACUGACUGCAAUGGGAGAGUUCUAGAUAGUACGAGUUGUGGCGCUGAAGGUUUCCACAAUGCCCGCAAGAAAUCGACUGUCGCUGUUCAAACUGUUGGUAUUUCAAUAGGACUGAAGGCAAAGAAGCUUGGAAUCAGUGCUAUACGAAUCGUUAUCUCUGGUCAAACUAAAUCUAAACUGGCCGUACUUUCGGGUCUCAAUAUCUCUGGAAUGCAGAUCAUCUCUUUAACGGACGAUACAGAGCUCCAUUAUGGUCAUGGAAGAAGACCCAGAAAACCGCCCAGAAAAUGAAGACAGACCGCAUACCAUUGCUAGAAGCACUGUGCGUAAAAUAAAAUGUAGAACCUUCUUUAUGAGUGUUAUUCUGUAACUUGAAAUCGUCUAAUGCUAGCGCUACUUUUCUUUUCGAUGUUUGAGUGAAAAACCGAUUAUCUUGCGGUGGUACGAGUUGAUCAAUGCCUAACGGGCCUUCUGUACCCCAACUGAGAUUUCGUUAGCCCGUCCGGGCUGAUGCAACUCUUCAAGUAAGUGAAGUGGUCGAUGCAUUCCCCCACUUCACUCCCAUAUCAUUAAACUGGGAGUAGCCGAAGACAAGUCUUGGAGCAUCAUUGUACAUUUGACAGGUGUGAAACGCGUGUCCAACGUACACAGAUUCCUGCUCAAGGCAUUCAGAAGAUCCUGC